GGAAUUCUUCAACCAAAAUGCACGCUGGACAUAGAAAACUUGACACUGUUGAUUUUGUGUUAGCCUAUAAAAGGCAACGAAUGGUUACGGAGGACGGCAGUAAACUAGACGACGAGACUGAAAGACGAAAGUUUUAUCACGAAUUACGAGCACAUGGGAUUUUGGUAAACAUCGACGACGAUCCAACGUGUUCACUAGAUGCAGGCCGGACGUGCUUUGCUUUGCUACAGCUAGAGCAGAGACUCUUGGGAUGCAGUUGUCGGUGUCAUGCAACCAGUAGCAGUAACAAUGAAGAUAAACAAGCAGUUAACAAUUCGAAAGAUGUUAAUUAUAAACAGUAUCCAAAUGGAAAUGGUAAUCACGAAAAACAUAAUAAUAAAUUAACAUCUGCACAACGGGCUCAGAUCGUGUGGCGUAUCUUACUCCGAAUCGGUUCUGGUAAUAAGAAGGGCGCAAAAGUUAUGAGUCUUGAACAAUUGCUCGAGACCGAUAUAAUUUCUGCCGCCUAUCCAAUACACGACGGUAGUAUUAAACUCGAAGACGGGGAAGACGUGAACAACAUUAAUGAUAGACGGGUUUUGUACGAAAACUGGGCUAGACCAGGUCUAAUCAUACCCCGACAAUGGAAAUCUGAUGAAAACAUUACUACUUUGAUACGAAAGUAUUACGGCAUUCCAGUAGCUGUUUAUUUCUGCUGGCUUCGGUACUAUACAGUAUGGUUAGUUGGUCCUGCCAUAGCUGGACUAGUGUGGUUCCUUUAUGGAUUGAUAACGACUCGUAGCGAUGUGCCAACCCACGACAUUUGUGAUCCAAAAUCACAAGUAGCCGAUUGGAUCUUGUGCCCAACUAGAAGUUGCAAUGCGAGUUUCUGUGGCUUCACGCGGGUACUGGACACUUGUGGACUAUACAGAUGGACAUCAGCUGCGACUUUCGAUAGACCGGGCGCUGUAGUGUUUGCGGUUUUCAUGUCAUUUUGGGACGUAAAUAGAGGUUGGCUAAGGAGUAACUUAGCCCAUUAUGAGCCAUCGGAUGACUACGAGUUGGUUCCCAAUUGUCGAAUGGUUCCCGGAUUGUCUACAACCACGGCAUUUCAACAACUGUGGACCACGUACUCGUGGCAGAUUUACGAACAAAACGAUGGCGAAACACCGCAAACGACGUUCGAAUGCUGUGCCGACUGUUCCGGGUCGGACGGCGAAAAAGUGCCAUUGCGGCGGUCCACUUGGUCGCCGCCGACUCCAGGACCGCACCAUCGCCGCCGCGCGCCGCCGUCCAUCGCAGUUCACGGGUCCGCCGUCCACCCGACGCCGCGGGACGCCAACCGUCGAUCGCCGGUGCUGUCGGUGGACGUAGCCCGGCGGUGGUGGAUGUCCAAAUUAUCGGACGCGUUGAGGGCAAUAGCGUUUUUCGCGACACUGGCCACCGUGGCCUCGGUGCCCAUACUGAUCGUGGUUUACCGCGGCCGGGCCAUCGGGUGGCUCAUGUCGUCCGUGUUCCACCAGGACGGCGUCGGCGGCGACGGACGGCCGCCGCCAACGGUAACGGCGGCCAGCCACGACGACGACGACACCGCCGACCACCACAGGCACCACAGCUUCUUCCUGUUGAACUACACCAACAGCGGCGAGCUGAGCAGUUGGAAGACGGUCGUGGCCGCCGCUUGCGCCACAUUCGUCCAGCUCACCGCCAUCGUGGCCGUCCACCGCGGCUACAGUAACGUGGCCGAAUGGCUCACCAAGUACUCUUAUCGCUCGGCGUACAACCCACGGUACCAGAGCCGUUACACCGUCUACAUGUCUUGCUUCGAUUCCGCCAAUUAUUAUUCCAGCUUGGUUUACAUUGCUUUUUUCAAGGGUCGCUUCGUAUCUGGACACGGACAACACUUGGAUAGUUCGUCCAGAUUCACACAUUUUUGGCCCAUUUCUAUGUUUCGAAGUGUUAUGCAUCAUAUUAGAGAAGAUGUUUGCGAUCCUGCUGCUGCAGGAACAGGAUGCGUGCCAGAGCUGUGUACCCAAUUGGCCAUUAUAAUGGUGGGCAAACAACUGAUAGACAACGUGAUUGAGUUGACGACGCCGCUAACAUUGAAUGUAUGGCGCCGAUGGCGGGCUAAAGAGAGCCGCCGUCGAAAUAAAUUGCAUGGAAAACUGCCGGACUCUAUCGCCGAAACACUCAAACACCCGAAACAAUGGCAACUCGACUAUCAGCUGGAAGAUACUGGAUCGUUGGGCCUUUACCAGGAAUAUUCGGAGAUGGUCAUUCAAUACGGAUUUGUGGUCAUGUUCACAACGGCAUUUCCACUGGCUCCGUUGUGUGCUCUGUUAAACAAUGUAUUAGAGCAACGUCUAGACGCGUUCAAAAUGGUAGCAGCUCAGCGACGUCCAGUCCCCUCCUACUACUGUGAUAAUAAACAAUAUAUUAAUAACGUCAUCCGAGGACACAUAACGUGUUGUGAUAACUGUAACAAGCUGUGCACGUGGAUACGAGUGUUGAAGAUUAUGUCAUUAAUAUCAGUACUGUACAACGCAUUUAUGAUUGCGUUUACCAGUGACUUGUUACCUCGAUAUGUGUAUUCUCAAAUCUCGACCGGAACGUCGUCUUCGUUGGAGGGUUACGUCGCUUGGUCUUUAUCCUCGAAGAGAAAUGUGACUGAAUACUAUUACGGAGAAUUAGAAAACAUAGAUGGACCUGAAACAUGUCGGUACAGGGGAUACGGAGCUGAUGCUAAUUCGGAACACAAUGACUACAGAAAAUGGCAAGUGUUGGCUGCUCGGCUAGCGUUUGUCGUGAUAUUUGAGCACUGCGUAUUAGCAUCCAUCGCGGCCCUGGUGUACUUCAUUCGGAAAAGGUUCGCCAAAUACAAAACUGAAGCGAAGCCAAAUGUCGACAGUCCGUCCGGUGACAGAUCAGCUGCAAGUGCGACAGUCGUCACUGACUCCUGUGACUAUUCGGCGGUAAUCUAUGCAGCAGAUGGCUCUUUGGCUACUGCUCCCGACAAAAUGGAGGAAGGAGAGCCUCAGGCGUUCAACAGAAAUCCGGUGGCUGUGCCGUCAACCUUGGUAGUAGUCGAUAUGGAAAACGAAGAUCAAGAAAAAUGGACGAAUAACGAAUACUCCUCUCCAUCUAGGAGGCACGGACCUGAAGAUAGACUGCAGGAUUCGCUACGUUUUUCCGCGACUUGACCCGAGUACUUGUAUGAUAUAUUAUUAAAUAGAAAAUAUUUCUUUAAAUUAAACAGUGAAGACUAACA